AUGAACACUUACCAGCCACACAAUGCUCCACCACCUUCCCCUCAGACUCUGAUGACAGAUCCGAAUAUCAAGGUUAUCCACCCAGGGGGCGUUGCCGAUACCUCGCCGCCGCUUUACUCCCUUUCGGUUUCCAACGACUCGAAACCAAACGUCGUUGUCUACCGCGGGCCACACUCGCCAUCCAACAUAAUCGGCACCGCCGUCUUCCACUCGCUCUCUGGAAAGAUCGACCUUGUCUUUCACGGGCAACCCAUGACCAUAAAACCGAGUGGCAUGACCGUCGCGUACCAUUUCGAGUUUCCGCCAGUGGGCAAGCUCAAGUGGCAGCCAAACCAGACGACGGGCAUGGGCUUGGAGCUCCGGGAUGCCAGUGGGAUGAAGGUGGUCAAGCUCAAAUCGACUGGCUUUGGCUCGGGGGAGAGGGUGUUUGAGAUGAUGGUGCCAUGCGACCCGAGGUUUGUGGACUUGGUCGUGCUGUCGGGGUGGGCAGUAAGAGCAAAUAUGGACAAGGACAAUUCUGCCGUGGCUGAAAUCCUUGGAGCAGUGCUGGGGGGGUAA